CCAUAAACACGGCUUUUGCUUAUGCUAUUCAUCCAAAUUCGCAAUGGAAUCGCUAACCAGCCCUUUUCUUUUUCUUUAGGGAUUGACAAUCAAAGUUACAAGUCAAACGAGUCCACUGCUCCAGUUUCCCCCAAAUUCUUCCAAAAUUCUCUGUAUAUAUCCGCAAAUUCAACGAUCAGUUGAAAUUAGCGAAUUAAGAUGGAAAAUGGCGUUAGGUUUGAUGACGGAAGCAAUUUGACGGAACAGUUAGCGAAUUUGAGUGUUGGUGAUGGUGUUAAUGGCUGUAGAAGUGACGUGGAUAAUAUCAAUGGCGUGAAUAAGAGCGAUGGAUUGUUUCAGGUUAUGAAAGCGGUUGAAGCUGCUGAAGCGACUAUUAAACAACAGAUGGAAGAGAAUCAAAGGUUGAGGUCUGAGCUUCAAAAGAGGGAUCAGGAACUCGAAGACUAUAAAUCCAGAGAAUUAAAGGCUGAAAAUAGUCACCCCGCUGGUCAUUGGAAUGAUAAUAGCUAUUUACCUCCAACAAAGAGUCCAAUAGUCCUCAAUAAAGAUUUCAGAGAGACCCAAAAGGUUAAUGAAGCAGUUACGAUGGUUCCUAGCGGUCACACAAUGACAAAUAAUGGGGGCAUGUUCUCUUCGGCAUCCACAUCAUCAUUUUCUCCUUCAAGGUAUCAACCAGCACGAGAAUAUGAUCCGCAGUUCAAUGUGUCUGGACGUGGGCUUGUGUCAACUUCUGAGGUUGUAAUUGACACUCGAGAUCAGGAGCAAGAGAUUUUACUGUUGAGAAAGCGUGUUGCUGACUAUUCAAUCAAGGAAGCACAAAUACACAGUGAGAAGAUUGCUUUGGAGAAGCGAAUUGCUUAUAUGCGUUUGGCCUUCGAUCAGCAGCAAAAGGACCUUGUUGAUGCAGAAUCUAAAGCUCUGUCCUACAGACAAGACAUUAUUGAAGAAAAUAUACGCCUAACAUAUGCAUUACAGGAUGCAGAAGAAGAAAGAUCUACAUUCGUACAAUCUUUGAUGCCUCUUCUUGCUGAAUAUUCUCUUCAGCCACCAGUUGCUGAUGCCCAGUCCAUUGUUAGUAAUGUCAAGGUUCUUUUUAGACAUCUACAAGAGAAGCUCAUAGGUGUAGAGACAAAACUAAAAGAGUCUCAAUAUCAGCUAGCAGCCUGGCGUUCUGAUGUGAACCCCUCAAGUUACGCACAAUCACCAUUGCAUUUAUAUGGGAACAAAGACGGGCUUGAAUUGGUCUCACAACACGCAUACCCGGAUGGACAAGUACAAAAUUCACCUGACCAUCUGACCGCAAGAGGCUGGGAUGUAGCAGGUCACUCAGGUGGUGCUGCAGAAAAUUUGGGACCCGCUUCAGGGAGUUAUUCACCUCUCAUGAACAGAAGUGAUCAUUCUCUAGGGACAAAUGCACAUGUUACUAGAAAUCAGGAUAAUUCAUAUCUAACAAGUAAAAAUGAGGAAACUACCAAUAAACAAGUUACAUUUAGCGAUCCAGUUAGCAGUAAUGAUGUUGAAAAUUUAGACAUGGCGGGAAACCGUGAUGAAGGAAACGAUGGAGAGCCAUUUGCAAAUUGGAAUUCCAAGAACACGCCAUAUGCAACCACACUUGAAGAUCCUAACUCGUAUUCGCCAUAUUUAACUCCAGUACUUGAAGAACCUGGUUCUUCUUACUCUGAAGCUGCAGAUGAUGAUCCAUUACCUACAGUGGAGUCUCUCCAAAUUUCAGGGGAAGCUUUCCCAGGCCGAGAACUUCUAGCGAGUGGAUACUCCCGUAAUGGAACUACAAGUUGUAAUUUUGAGUGGGUACGGCAUAUGGAAGAUGGGUCUGUCAACUAUAUAGAGGGUGCGAAGCAACCAACGUAUCUCAUUACUGCUGAUGAUGUCGACACAUACCUUGCAAUUGAAGUCCAGCCCAUUGAUAAUCGAAAGAGAAAGGGUGAACUUGUAAAGGUUUUUGCCAAUGAGAAUAGAAAAAUUGUAUGUGAUCCUGAUAUGCAUGACCAUAUUAGAAAAGCUCUUCAGACUGGUUAUGCUGAACACAGAUUGUCCUUAUGGACGGGAUAUCUUGACAUAUGGGAGCCAGUUACGUUAGUUAUAAAAAAGAAUGGAAUUAACAUAAAGGGUGGUAGCACUCCUGUAAACGAAAAGUUCUCUCCAACCACAACAGUAUUUGUUCAAUAUGGAAAUCCCAUGGAGUUUUUUAUAUAUGGUUUGGGAAGUGACGGUGAUGAGAUAAAGCUUCGAGUGGAGCCAGAAUCAGUUGCCGUUAAGGGUUCAAGGGAUAUAAUCGUUCUUACGAUGAGAUACUUUAUCAAACGGGCUCUCGAGAAAAAGAAGGUGAAAAAGAAGGGGUUAUUCUUUUGAAGAACAAAUGGUUGAAUUCAGUCACAGCAACUUCCAUCUAUGAAAACAACUCUUGUUUGUUGUUUUUCAACGGUGUAUCUAUUUGGGUAUUUAUGUUUCAAUUCAUGUGCCAUGCAUUGUAUAUAAUAGGGUGGGGUUUUAAUUUUAGAAUCCGUGAAUGUCAAUGUGCACAUCGAGUCAACUCAACAUAUCAAUGAAUAGUCGAUACCAGUCGGCCAAACCGCUAGAAUUCACCACAUAUUGCUUGAUUUUUGAAGCCAGUGUGGUCUUUUGGAAGUGUACUUUGAUUAGAAUUUUAAGACAAGUUAAGAGACGCAAUAAUAUGUGUGAUUAAAUACCGA